AAAUGUGUAAGGAAUAACACGGUUUAGUUGCGUUUUGUAUUCUAAAGAAAGACAUUGUUGUUGUUUUUAAUCAAGUUUUAUGUACAUGAAAAAUGACUGCGCCAGGUGAAUUGAUUGUUAUUGGAGCUGGACUUCCUCGAAAUGGCACCCAUACAACAAAAACAGCUUUAGAAGUACUUUUGCCUGGAAAAUGUCAUCACAUGUAUCCAAUAAUUGAAAAACACCAGAGAGAAUGGAAAUGUAUAUUAAACUAUGGCAUGUCUGAUGAGGAGUUUAAGUCUUUCUUCAUUUCAAAUGGAUACAUUGCUGCAGUAGAUAUUCCAAUAACAUUCUUUUAUGAGAGAAUGAUGAAAGUAUUUCCAAAUGCCAAAGUAAUACUGAACGUGCGAGAACCAAAGUCGUGGGAGCGAUCAAUGAAUCAAACCGUUUAUCCGUUGUUAACCAAAGGCUUUCUUUUCCCAGAUGAUGCUUUUGAGAUGUUAGGCUGGUUCAAAUCCUAUCUUAUCUAUAGGAGAGAAUUUUAUCGUGUUUUAAUGAAACACCCCCGAGUGAGUGAGAUGAUCGCAUCGGUAAGUUGCGGUAAUGGCGUGGACUUUUAACACGCGUUAUUCGUUUUUGUUAGUUUCGCGUAAUCUAAUUUUCUCGCACAUCUUGAAAAGAAUAUGCCACGCACAUCAAAAACUCGCGCAGUCUAUUCGCAAAAAAAAAACUGUUUUUGCGCAACGAAUUGUUCUACAGAGCGUUCAUUUUCCUACCUCGUCCCCAGGGUUCUUCUAUAUGAUAUUCAAUUUUGAUGUAUUUGGGAAGAUGUUAGCGCCAAAGAAACAAUAAGCGCUAGGGACAAAGUAUUGGAUAGUUUAAUUUUGCUUGCAACUUGCGAAAUGCUUCGCAACCUUUUUUUUAAUUUCUAGUGAUGUAUUUCGGAACAUGUUAGCGCCAAAGAAUCAAGAAGCGCUAGGGACAAAGUAUUGGAUAGUUUAAUUUUGCUUGCAACUUGCGAAAUGCUUUGCAACCUUUUUUUAAUUUCAAGUGUGUGUGUAUUUCUUGCGCUUAUGAGUGUAACCAAAGUGCCCUGUACGUAAAUCCUAAAAAUUUAUGUCAUUGGCUCACUCUUUACGAAUGACACCACGUAACAAAGGAACAUGCUUUGCUAUUUGCCGUAACCUAUACCGAGAUUUGGUUGUGAUAUAUAUCAGAAUUAAUUUUCUUUAAAAUCUUUGCUUGUACUUGUAUUGAGAAGACAAUAAUUUUAUAGUGUUUGAGGUAUUUGUUUUAUUGAGCUCUUAGUACUUUUCCUUUUUUCUUAACGAUAGCUACAAUCUUGGUCAAAAUAUGUCCAGGCAAGUCAGCUAAUUUCUACGUUCUUCACCGCAAGCAAUUGCGUAGGUUUUGUGUGUGCAAAUGUAGCGACUUUGCAGCAGGCUGCAAAACAUUGACUGUUUGACAUUUGUGUCCAUAUUUAAAUAAUGAGGAAAAAAUUGCCUUG